UAGAAUUAUCACAAUAUUUCAUCUAUUUAUUUCUUCCGACCAAUACCUUAACGAUUACUACACAACUCAUUCAUCCUCAUCAUGGCUUCUUCUUACCUUAGAAUCUCUCUUUCUUUUGUCUUUUGGGCUUUACUACUCUCACCGGCUGUGUCACAGUGUUCUUCACAGACAUUUUCCGGCGUCAAGUCUUACCCUCACUGCCUCGACCUCCCUGACCUUAAAGCCAUUCUCCAUUACUCUUAUGACUCAUCUAACACAACUCUCUCCGUUGUUUUCUCUGCUCCACCGUCAAAACCUGGUGGUUGGAUCGCUUGGGCUAUUAACCCUACAUCCACCGGUAUGGUUGGAUCUCAAGCCCUUGUUGCCUCUAAGGAUCCUAAAACUGGAGUCCCCUCUGUUACCACUCUUAACAUUGUCACCUACAGCUCUCUUAUUCCUUCGAAGCUUUCGUUUGAAGUGUGGGAUGUUAAGGCCGAGGAGGUGGCUAAAGACGGUGGAGCUUUGAGAAUCUUUGCAAAGGUAAAGGUUCCGGCGGAUUUAGCGGCCAAAGGGAAGGUUAAUCAGGUUUGGCAGGUCGGGCCUGGAGUGACCAAUGGAAGAAUAGCGGUUCAUGAACUUAGUGGUCCUAAUCUCAACUCCAUGGGAGCGCUCGAUCUAACCGGAGCUACCCCUACAGUUUCUGGAGGUGGUGAUGAGAAGGUUCAUAAGAGAAACAUCCAUGGGAUAUUGAACGCGCUGAGUUGGGGGAUUCUGUUUCCGAUUGGAGCCAUGAUUGCUAGGUAUAUGAAGAUAAUUGAAUCAGCUGAUCCUGCUUGGUUUUACCUCCACGUGUUUUGCCAGGUGUCGGCGUACGGUCUCGGUGUUGCCGGAUGGGCUACCGGACUUCGGCUCGGUUCCGAAUCCAAAGGCAUUCAGUACAACACUCACAGAAACAUAGGCAUUACUCUCUUCUCUAUGGCCACUCUUCAGAUGUUUGCGUUGCUGUUGCGGCCAAAGAAGGACCACAAGUAUAGAUACCUUUGGAAUAUUUAUCACCAUGGAGUUGGAUACUCUAUCAUCAUCCUUGGAAUCAUCAAUGUUUUCAAAGGUCUUAGUAUCUUAAACCCAAAGCAUACUUACAAGACAGCUUACAUCGCUGUGAUUGGGACCUUAGGAGGAAUCACUUUACUCUUGGAAGUUGUUACUUGGGUCAUUUACCUCAAGAAGAAUUAUUUUUCUAAUUCACCUAAGUCUUCUAAGCCUUAACCUUGUUGGGUUAACUCAAAGGAUCUGUAUUGUUUUAUUUUCUUUUAUGUUAGAAGAAACUACAUUUAUCUUUCUCUACAAAUCAUGAUUCAUCACUAGAGACGUAUUGCUUUGUUUUGCUGAUGAUGACUCUAUGGCUAUUGAGGUUUAUGUAUAGUAGGAGAACACACAUAUGUAUUAGUGUUGUAUCAUUUGUUA